AUGAUCGCCUUGGACUUGCAGCCAUACAGCAUCGUCCAAGAUCGCGGGUUCCAAGAGUUGUUAGCUGAGGCAGUGCCUCAUUAUGAGCCUCCUUCGCGAACAACGCUUUCGUGGACACUGAUUCCAAGACUGUACCAUGAGACAAGGAGUAAGGUUCAAGCAGAACUGGAUGCUGCUCUUGGAGAUGGAGUUGAAUCGAUGUCGUUUACGUCCGACAUGUGGACGUCGCAGGCCAACGAUAGUUAUAUAAGCCUCACAUGUCAUUUCACUGACGCGAACUUCACUGUCAAGAGGUACAGCCUCGACACAUCGCUGUUCUCGGGACGCCAUACCGCCGCGCAAAUAGCAGAAGUCCUCGACAACUUGGUGCAGAGCUGGAAUAUACCAGACGAUGAAUUCCCCGUGUACAUCGUGACAGAUAACGCUCGAAACUUCAGGGCGGCCGCACGGGAGCUACCGUGGAUUGAGAGACCAUGCUUCGCUCACUCGCUGCAACUGGCUAUUCAGACAGUGAAAGAGCAAACUCCGGUGCUUGGAACCCUCCUCCGCAAAGCGCGAGCCAUCGUGGGCCAUUAUAAACAUAGCCCGCAGGCUCAAGAGCGCCUGGAUAACUACCAGAAGAAAACUUGGAACACGCCACUGCAUCUAAUCCAAGACGUUGAAACCAGAUGGAACAGCGAAUACAACAUGCUGAGUACGCUUUUGGAACUCAGGGGGCCUGUGACUGUGGAUAUGGCUAACAGUGAGUGCAUAGUGGACUGCUUUACUGGAGCUGAGUGGCGACUAGCUGCGGACUACGUCCAGGUUCUAAAACCUCUUGCUCAGGCCACAACUGAGGCAGAAGGUGAGAAGUACCCAACAUUGUCUUGUCAGGUCCCUACCCUAUACUGCAUCAUACAAUCUCUGAGAACAACCUGUAGAACUAAAAUGACUGCCGACGGCUGCGCUUUUGCUGCCAAUGUUGAGAAGAGCCUAAGAACUCGCUUUCCAGACUACGACAUGGACAAGGAUGCGUGUGUGGCCAUGUUUUGCGACCCAAGAUAUAAAUUGGUGGUGUUCCAUGAGGACUCUGCUCGAGAGGAGUGGCUCAAGUCAGUUGUCUUGAAGGAAAUGGGCCAACAUGUUGCCACAAACAUGGAAUUUGAGGUCGAGCGCACGGAAACUGCAGUAGCAUGCUCUUUGUGGUCAGCCUUCGACAGGGUGGUUGAAACACAACACAAGAAGUUUGAUCCAUCCAGCGAAUUUCAUUUAUACAGUACAGAAAGUGCGGUAACUAGAGGCAGCGACCCAUGCAAGUGGUGGAAUGAGGUAUGCCAACACAAAUUUCCCAUUCUAGGGAAACUAGCACGCAAGUACCUUGGUAUACCUGCCACCUCGGCCUCAAGUGAGAGAGCAUUCUCUGUGGCAGGAAAUGUUGCAACGCCACGACGAGCAUCUUUGCUCCCUAGUCACGUUCAACAGCUCACAUUCCUUCACGAUAACUUGCGAUUGUGA